AUGUUGCUUAUGUUUCCGUGUUAGACACGGUUCUCUCUCCCAACUGUGGGCAAGCGAGCAGUUUCCAGAUCAGAGCAGAGAGGCGUCACGCGCACUGACACAGUUUAACUUUCUUUUGUUUCACUCCGCGCACGCUCUCUCCCUCUGUCUAAAACUUUUCGCUCGUGUUUCUCGACGCUUGAGCACGGUCUCUUCCUCCCCUCCUACUCCUUCUCAUUUUCCGUGUGCGAAAUUCCUUUUUGUAUCUUUGGAAACGUGUGAUGCACGUGAAGAUGUCUCCCUUUCUUUCUGACACCUGUUGCCGAGGACCCUGUUCGCACAGACAUCAACACCGGGGAGCGCGUGUCAUUCAUUUCUGACUUUAUUUCUAUAGUUCUACAAAACUAAUUUGGGAUUUUUGGGGGCAUUGACAGCUCAACAAAACGCCGGGAGGCUGCGAUACACUGCUAUUAAUGUACAGUCAAGGAGUGUGCGGCAUGUCUGUGAAGGUGAUCGAGCAGUGAAGGACAGUUAUUCUGUCCUCGAAGUGACACAUCUGUAUCUCUCUGCGAGCCGCAGGCUGCUGGGAUCUGUCUGAGGGGUUUCCCUUUCAACAGCAACACCGACCUGUCUGAAGUCUCCCAACCGGACAGAGAGGCACUCGUUUCGGACUUGAGCACCUCGGAUGGUAGGAGAGGAAACUUUUCUAGGAGAGCUGAGCAACAACUGCAAGUCGAGCACAGCAGAACAGGUUGGGUGCUGACCACAGCAGACUUUGGGAGAGAGGUGCUUUUUCCUCCCCCCUCUUUCUUCCAUCUGUGCCGGCCAUAAACCCACAGAGCACUUUCCCCUGCAGCGGCUGUGAGGCGGUGACGCGGCGGACCAUGGACAACAGGCCUGUCCGGAGGAAGCGCACCGGCGCCCUGCGGCAUCUGCUGCUGGCAGCCGCCUUCCUCGCGUGCAGCUCCCAACUGUUGGUCGUGGAUGCCAACUCAUGGUGGUCACUGGCUCUGACCCCCAUCCAGCGUCCCGAGAUGUACAUCAUCGGAGCUCAGCCUCUGUGCAGCCAGCUGUCCGGUCUCUCCCAGGGCCAGAGGAAGCUGUGCCAGCUGUACCAGGACCACAUGGUCCACAUCGGAGAUGGAGCCAAGACUGGCAUCAAGGAGUGCCAGUACCAGUUCAGACAGAGGAGGUGGAACUGCAGCACGGUGGACAACACGUCGGUGUUUGGACGCGUCAUGCAGAUUGGCUCCAGGGAAACAGCCUUCACGUACGCCAUCAGUGCAGCGGGCGUGGUAAACGCGGUCAGCCGGGCGUGCCGGGAGGGCGAGCUGUCCACCUGUGGCUGCAGCCGCUCCGCCCGACCCCGCGACCUGCCGCGUGAUUGGCUCUGGGGAGGCUGCGGCGACAACGUGCAUUACGGAUACCGAUUCGCCCGGGAGUUCGUGGACGCCAGGGAACGAGAGAAGAAUUACCCCCGUGGUUCCCCCGAGCACGCCCGGACCCUGAUGAACCUGCAGAAUAAUGAAGCUGGGAGACAGGCGGCUUAUAAUCUCGCCAAUGUGGCCUGUAAGUGUCACGGCGUCUCUGGCUCCUGCAGUCUGAAGACCUGCUGGCUCCAACUGGCCGACUUCAGAAGUGUUGGAGAGUUCCUGAAGGAGAAGUACGACAGCGCAGCGGCCAUGCGCAUCGGACGGAAGGGCAAGCUGGAGCUGGUAGAGAAGCGCUUCAACACCCCCGGCCCAGAGGAUCUGGUCUACACCGACCCCAGCCCGGACUACUGCCUCCGCAACGAGACCACGGGCUCCCUGGGCACGCAGGGCCGCCUCUGCAACAAGACCUCGGAGGGCAUGGACGGCUGCGAGCUCAUGUGCUGCGGCAGAGGCUACGACCAGUUCAAGAUCUACAAGCACGAGCGCUGCCACUGCAAGUUCCACUGGUGCUGCUACGUCAAGUGCAAGCGCUGCACCACGCUCGUCGACCAGUUUGUGUGUAAAUAGCACACAAGCGGACUGGAAGGGAGGGAGGAUGGAGGGAGAGAAAAUUUGAAUUUUCAGGGUUUUGUUCAGGAUAAGUUAAGACUUAAGAGCCAUUUUUUCCAUCUCUGCUCCAUUUAUGUCACCUGCUGUCUUCCAUCUAGAGAAACAUCUGCAUAACAGCUGUGUGUGUCUGUGACGGGCACAAUGAUGCAUGGAUACAGUAGAUGGGGAUAGAUGGAAAGGUGGACAAAAGAAGGAAGCACAGAAGGAUGUGAUUUGUUCCUCGCUUUUUGAACAACUUUUAUUAUAUCAACUGUUUCCACCCCUCCAUCUUUACGUCUUCCUUCUAUAUAAUAUCCUGAUCAUGACCCUGAAUGAAGGAGGAAAGAAAAGAAGGACAUAAACAAAAUGGAUGAAGGACAUAAAGGAUAAAUGGACACCUAUGACCAGUGUGAUAACAGAUGAAAUAAAUAUAUAAAUAAAUAGUAAAUAAAUAUACAACUCUGAUUGUUAUUUAAAGAGACUCAAACGAACAUCCGGCACACUUUGGACCCAUAAAUCUCACCAGUUCAGGGAUCAUCAAGGUCCUCUUGGAGUCUGAAGCCAUCUGAGUGCUGAGCGGUGUCCUCGUCCAGGAACUUUGAGCCUGCAAGAGAACUUCCUGCAUACGUGAGUCGUGCUGAUGUCGGGGAAACACGCUCACAGAGAACACCGGAACUGUCCAGACCGAGACGAGUGGAGGGAAUAAAGAAGGACUUUAUGAUGAUUUUCAACCAAAUGCAGCAGAACUUAACCUCCUGUCAAAAAGGACUUCAUCUGUUGGAGCAUAUUUCCAGCUCCUGUGAGCUGACAGGGUAACGAGGCUCGCCGGCUGCAGGCAUCUUGGCUCGGCGAACGUUUAAACAAGCGUCCUUCAUCUGACAGUGAAGUGAGCGAGGCCUCCAUCAGUGAGAUUAAUGUGCUCUCUCUGCCUUAAUGAACCCGCACUAAGAGACACUGCCAGAGGACCUCUUCAUCUCGUGUUGUUAUGUCAACAAAAAAGCCCUGUGUUGACCACUCUCCGGCUGCCUCGCCACCGGUUUAAGAUCUUAUAAUUCUGUAUUACCAUGAAUUUUGCAAGAAUAUUUUAAUUGUAUAAUCUAAUCCAAUCAAUAGCAACCAUGAAGAUGACAGAGUGGACUGAACAUGCUGAGGCAACAUGAAUGUGUGAGCGUGGAACAAACAGAAAGACUGCAAUUUAUUACUACUUUUAAAGAGGUAGUGGAUCAGAGAAGAAGGUAUAUUUUAUUAUUGUUUCAUUUUCUGUUUUCUAUGUUUUAUACCUGAGUAUUAUUGUGUAUUCUUUUGAUAAACUAGUCUUCGACAACAAA